GCCGCUCCCCGGGCGGUGCCGCUCUGGCGCACGGCGCCCUCUGUGGGCCCGGUGGCGGCGCGGGCGCGGGGGCCCGAGGCGGCGGUGGCGGCCGCGGCCAUGUCCCGCCGGGGGCCCGCGCAGGUGUCGGGCAGCCUCCGGCGGAAGGCGGCGCCGGGCACGGCCCCGUCGGAGCUGCAGGAGCUGCGGAGCCGCACGGAGCGCGCCGAGCGGCGGCUGCUGGCCUGCGAGAACCUGGUCGGGGAGCUGGGCAGCGGCCUGGCCGCCCUGAGCACCCUCCUGCAGGGCUACGGGCAGCUGCAGCAGCGCCUGCUCAAUCUGGAGAACCUCCUCAAGAACAGGAACUUCUGGAUCCUGCGCCUGCCCCCCGCCACCAGCGGGGAGAUCCCCAAGGUGCCGCUCACCUUCGAUGAGAUCUCGGUGUAUUUCAAUGAGCUGGAGUGGGAGAGGCUGGAGCGCUGGCAGAAGGAUCUGUACAGGGCCGUGAUGAGGGGCAACUAUGAGACCCUGGUGUCCCUGGACUACGCCGUGUCCAAGCCCGACAUCCUGUCCCAGAUGGAGAGGGAUGAAGAGUUCAGUGACAAAGAGGGUCAGGAGCCCCCGUGGACACAGACUGGGGGUGGUCAGGAGCCCCUCUGGGCAGCAGAAGAGAGGGACAAGGCAGACGAGGCUGCAGGAGAUGAAAUCCCCAUGGAAGCUGCCCCAGACGGUGCCAAGGCCAAGCCCAGCGGCCGGACCUGCAUCGAGAGGGAUGAAGAGCCCAGCAACGAAAAGGGUCCUGAGCCCUCAUGGACACAGAAUGGGGACAGCCACAAAAUCCUACAGAUACAGACUGGGAACAGCCAGAAAACCCCACAGAUACACACUGGGGACAGCCAGAAAACCCCAGAGACACAGACUGGGAACAGCCCGAAACCCCCACGGACACGGAGUGGGAGCAGCCCGAAAAUCCCACAGAUACAGAGUGGGGACAGCCCAAAAUCCUCAUGGACACGGAGUGGGAACAGCCAGAAAACCCCACAGACACAGAAUGGGGACAGCCAGACCCCCCCACAGACAGAGACUGGGGACAGCCCAAAAUCCUCAUGGACACGGAGUGGGAACAGCCAGAAAACCCCACAGACACAGAAUGGGGACAGCCACACCCCCCCACAAACAGAAAUUUGGGACAGCCCAAAAUCUUCAUGGACACGGAGUGGGAACAGCCAGAAAAACCCACAGACACAGAAUGGGGACAGCCAGAACCCCCCACAGACAGAGAUUGGGGACAGCCCAAAAUCUUCAUGGACACGAAGUGGGAACAGCCAGAAAAACCCACAAAUACACACUGGGGACAGUCAGAGCCCCCCACAAACAGAGAUUGGGGACAGCCCAAAAUCUUCAUGGACACGGAGUGGGAACAGCCAGAAAACCCCACAGACACAGAAUGGGGACAGCCAGAACCCCCCACAGACAGAGAUUGGGGACAGCCCAAAAUCUUCAUGGACACGGAGUGGGAACAGCCAGAAAACCCCACAGACACAGAAUGGGGACAGCCAGAGCCCCCCACAGACAGAGACUGGGGACAGCCCAAAAUCCUCAUGGACACGGAGUGGGAACAGCCAGAAAAUCCCACAGAUGCAGACUGGGGACAGCCAGAACCCCUCACAGACAGAGAUUGGGGACAGUCCAGAGUCCCCAUGGACACGGAGUGGGAACAGCCCAAAGUCCCCAAGGACACACAUUGGGAACAGCCCAAAGCCCCCAGAGACACAGACUGGGAACAGCCCCAAGUCCCCACAGGCACACAGUGGGGACAGCCAGACCCUGCCUCAGACAGAGACUGGGGACAGUCAGAACCCCCUCCAGACAGGUGUCCCCAACAAUCAGAAGCCCCCACAGACACCAGGAGAGAUGGAGCGGCAGGAAGAGGCUUCGGGAGAGGAUCCCAUGCCCAUGGAAGCUGGCCCAGAACUCCCCAUCCUGAUGAUGAAUGUGGUGUCCCUGGGGGACCAUCAGUGGGGGACGGCAGCAGAGGAGGACGCGGAGAUGGAGGAGGACCCGGCAGAGCCUGACACUGAGGAAGCCUUAUCCAUGGAAGAUGAAACACCGUGCGAAGGGGCUUCUCCCGAGGACAUCAAGGUGAAGGAGGAGGAGCCUGAGCUGCUGGCAGAGGAAUCCACACCCUCUCCCGGCUCAGAGCUCCAGAAGUAUCCCAAAAACGAGCUGGUGAAAGCCAAGAUCAAGAAGAAGCCGAACCGGUGCGAGGCCAGCAACCUCCUGAUGGGCAACUGCCGGCGCGGGUACGUGCGGGAAUGGUCCCAUCCCUGCACGGAGUGCGGGAAGCGCUUCCGCCUCAAGAUCAACCUCAUCAUCCACCAGCGCAGCCACGCCAAGGAGGGGCCCUACGAGUGCCCCGUGUGCGAGAUCGGCUUCAGCACCAAGCGGCACCUGGACCUUCACCGCAGCAUCCACGUCAAGGACAGAGCCUUCGGGGCCAAGGUCUGGGGCAACGUCCACCCCGAGCUGCGCAUCCGCCCGCGCAGGGACCUGUGCGGCGGCGGCCACAGGCCGGGCGGCGGCGGCCACGCCGGGGGGACCUGGCUGGGCCAGCCCAAGGAGGAGCCGGACAGAGAGGGCCUGUCAGGCUCUGGGAUCGUGCAGCCGCCCAAUCCCAGGCAGAAGUGCCCCCACUGCAAGAAGUUCCUGUCCUGCACCUCAUCGAUGCGGCGGCACCUCCAGACCCACGCGCGGGACCGGCCCUACUGCUGCAGCUCCUGCAACAAGUGCUUCACCCGCAGCAACCACCUGCUGCGCCACAAGAAGAUCCACGAGAGGGCUCUGGCCGCGCUCCAGCGAGACGCCGAGGCCCAGCCCCCCGCUGCUAUCCCGGCAUCCCUGCAGCACCAAGCUCCCGAGGCCGAGAGGAGCCCUUCCCAGGAGAAUGGGAGCCCUGAGGCUGCAAAAGCGAGCCUGCCCAAUGUGCUGCUGUUGGGGGCAACGCCUCUGGGGCUCCCUGGCAAAGGCUCCCCGCUCCCUGACUGCAUCAGGAAAGCCGUGCAGCCUGUGGUCCAGCUGGGAUCGAGGGCAGUGGCAUCGGAGGUGACAGAGAAAUGACAGAUGACAGACCCCGGGACAGAUCUGAGCUCUGUGUGUCCCUGGAAGGACGCUGCGAGUUUGUUGGGUUUGCACCUGGUGGGACACCCAGAAUGGGAAUCUGCUGUGUUUUAGGAGCUUCCUGAGUUGUGGAAAGAAUGGGAAGCUUGGAGACCACAACAGAGAGCAAAUUGCAGAAGCCUCCAGUGAUCCAUAAUGCUUCACCAUUCCACUGACUUGUUCCUGUUGGCUGAUACUUGGAAUUUUCCCAAGCUGACAUUGCUGGGAGAUGACCAGGUGGAUCCUGGUCAAACAGGAGCAGAGCUUUCGCAUUCUUUGAUGUUGGAGCUGACCCCUUGCAUUCGGGAACACAACUGAAGAGGGCAGGGAGAAGGGAACGGAGCUGGCAGCAUUCCCAUGCGGCCCUUUGCUCCAUGGAACAAGCGUCCCGACUGAGACACCAGAUGGAGAGUGACAUCUCUGAGACCCCACCGCGUCCUGGCCACCCUUGCCACCCCCACCCUGGGGAGCAGAUCAGCCAGAAGCCCCUCCAGCAGGUUGGGAACACUGGAGCUUUGCACUGGAAGAUCCAUAGGACAAACCAAACCCCGAUGUUCUGUGCUGGCGUAUUCCAGGGACGCCGGCAGGUCCAUGAGGAAGGCCACAGGCGCCCUCAGGACCAUCCUGCACGGGUGCAGAGUGAUUUUAGGAAUACUUGACGGGUCAGCCAGCCCCAUGCUGCAGCAGCACCCUGAUCCCCGUGGAUGCACCUGCAUGGAGCAGCUCCUCAGCUCUGGAGGAAACUCCCACUCUCCCAACAGCAGCUCGUCCCCUUUUGCCCAAAAUCCCACCAUAAUGAAUCCUAUGGGAAAAGAGUUCUGCAGCUACCUCAGUCAGGGAGAGGGGACCUGCCCCGCAGGCAGCCAGUGGAAGCCAGGCCUGGCACUGCCCCCGUGUCCCCUGGAGCCACCAGAGCAGUGUCCGUGGCCAGAGCCCCACGUGCUGGGCGUGCACAGGGAGCACCUCCCGCCCGGAGCCAGCGCCACACAGACACGGUGGAGCAGCUGUUGGGAUUCUUGCAUUUUGUUUUCCAGGUUUUGUUUUUUUUUGUUUUGAGUUGUUUGAUGUAAUUGUUUGAUAUCCUGAGAUCUCUGUCCCUCUCUGAGCAGUGAGCACUGGUAGGCUUUUCCCAUCUUUCAUUCCAAGUCACUCCCAAGGUGUGAUGGUGCUGCUGUGGGAAGCUUUGGGAGCUGAGGGGACGCCUGUGCCACAUCCAGGUGUGAUCCUCAGCCACCUCCUGCUCCGUGGGACAGACAGCAGCGUCUGAGCUGCUCCAUAGGAAUACACACGACAUCCCACUGCUCCUCUGGGCUGGUGUCUCACACUUCCUGCCCCUGGGAUGGCAGUGUGGAGCAUUCCCAGCCUGCAGCAGGAGCUGGGAGGGGUGCCAGUGGCAGACACAGGGCAGUUGGUGCCUUGUGGACACAUGACCAUGGAUCUGGCAGUGAGCCAGUGGCUGGUUAUCCCUGUUAUCCCUGCCCAGUAGAGAUCCCAGUGCUCCCCAGUUGAUCCCAGGGGCAUGGCUGAGCUGGUGGCCAGCAGAGGGGCCAGCAGCUCCAGCCUGGCAUUUCUAAAUCUGCUGUGACCGGGAGCAGCGUUUCCUGCGACAUUCCCGAUCCCUUUCUCAGGCUGUGGAAUCAAUAAAGUAUUUGUCUCUA